AUGGCGCCCUAUUUUGGCCUCCGUGGCUCUGCCUUGAGCCGGGCCAUCAUCUGUUUGGUCGUGUGCCCUGCGUUUAUCACCUAUGGGUACAACCUGAGCGUGGCCGGGGGCUUGUUGACGCUUGAAUCGUUCGUUGAGACUUUUCCCCAGAUUGAUACGGUAAAUACCACAGGGGCUCAGCAGCAUUACAACUCCACCAUUCAGGGAACUGUCGUGGCCCUUUUUACCGUCGGGGGUAUAUUCGGCUCUCUAUCAUGCAUUUACCUUGGUGACCGCCUGGGUCGCCGAAAGGUUAUCUUUCUUGCAUCCGGUGUGACGAUCGUCGGUGCAAUUCUUAUGGCUACGGCAUUCAACUUUGCUCAGUUCAUCGUGGCACGACUGGUUCUGGGGUUAGGGACCGGUGCAUACCUGGCAACGGUACCCGUGUGGCAGUCGGAGAUCUCAAAGGCCAGCAAACGGGGUGCCCAUGUGGUGACUGACGGCAUCUUCAUCGGCAUUGGUGUCUCCCUGUCCCUCUGGAUCGACUUUGGCUUCUACUUCAUCACCGGCAACUCGGUGUCGUGGCGCUUCCCCCUCGCUUUCCAGAUUGUCUUGCUGUUGAUUGUGAUGGCGUUCGUCGUGAUCUUUCCCGAAUCGCCCCGGUGGUUGGUCAAAAAGGGCCGGAUCCAGGAAGCCCGAGAGAUUCUUGCCGCGCUGGCCGAUAUGGACCCGGACUCGGAGUUGAUCAGCGCGGACAUUCGUGACAUCGAGCUAUCGCUGUCCAUCUGCGGCAAUGGCUCGUUCAAGAGCAUGCUCACGAUGGGCGAGCAGCGGCUGUUCCAUCGCACCCUUCUCGCGGCAGGCGGACAGAUGUUCCAGCAAAUGUGCGGGAUCAACCUGAUCAGCAUGUACGCGACGACCAUCUUCGAGCAGUACCUUGGCAUGAGCGCCAUCAACUCGCGCAUUCUGGCGGGGGCCAUGUGCCUGACACAGCCACUGGGCGGAUUCCUGGCAUUCUUCACGAUCGACCGGCUGGGCCGGCGGCCCCUGAUGCUGUGGAGUGCAGCCGCCAUGUCCCUCUCAAUGGCCAUCCUGGCGGGGACCACCUCGGUGACGGACAACACGGGCGCAACAGUCGUCGCCGUCAUCUUCCUGUUCGUCUUCCAAUUCAUCUUCACCGUCGGCUACUCGGGCCUGACCUUCCUGUACGCGACCGAGGUCGCACCGCUGCAGCUGCGCGCGGCCAUCAGUGCAGUCUCCACUGCCGCCGUGUGGACCUUCAACUUCCUCCUGGCGCAGGUGACGCCCGUCGGCUUCAACUCGAUCGGGUACCAGUACUAUAUCAUCUUCGCGGUGCUCAACGCAGCCAUCGUGCCGACGGUCUACCUCUUCUUCCCUGAGACCAACGGCCGCACCCUCGAGGAGAUCGACGAGAUCUUCAUCCGGUCGAACAGCAUCUUCGACCCGCCCCGCGUCGCGCGCAACCUGCCCCGGAUGCAUUUUGCCGAGGUAGUCGAUGUCGCGACGGACUCGGGGGACGACAAAUUAACCAAGGCUGAUCCUUCAGCUUUUGACGUCGCGGGUUGA